AUGCACAGCUUUCCAUUACUGUGCUCCCUCCUUCUCUGCAACGGCCUAAGGGUAGCUGCACAGGAAAAGGUUCAGAAGCCCCCCAAAGAAGAGGAAAGCCCCGCUCAGAUACGGAUCCCACAGACUCUCUCUCGAGGCUGGGGAGAUGACGUUGAGUGGGUGCAGACAUAUGAAGAAGGUCUAGCACGAUCAAAACACAGCAAGAAGCCACUGAUGGUUAUUCACCACUUGGAAGAGUGUCCUUACAGCCAAGCUUUGAGGAAGGCAUUUGCUUCCAGCCCAGAGAUCCAGCAGAUGGCCCAAGAGGACUUCAUCAUGCUUAAUCUGGUGCAUUCCAGCAGCGAUGACAACAUGGCACCUGAUGGCCAUUACGUCCCUAGGAUCCUCUUUGUGGACCCUUCUAUGACAGUUCGAGCUGAUCUAACCGGCAAAUACGGGAACAGGAUGUACGCUUACGAACCAGAAGAUAUUUCGACCUUGAUUGAAAACAUGAGACAAGCAAAGUUGCUUCUGCACACAGAGCUCUGA